CAGGAUCCCAAGUGAUGGUGGUUUACCUGGAGGAUGUGCUGAGCCCCGUGCGACUGGUUAGCACAGUGACGCUGGCAGCCACGCCUGCCGGUGGGCUGGUGUGAGCCUCAGGUUCUCUCCAUCCGGGCCCCAGAGGAAGCAUGUCGAAGAAGGGGCGGAGCAAGGGCGAGAAGCCCGAGAUGGAGACGGAUGCUGUGCAAAUGGCCAACGAGGAGCUGCGGGCGAAGCUGACCAGCAUUCAAAUCGAGUUCCAGCAGGAGAAGAGCAAGGUGGGCAAGCUGCGGGAGCGGCUGCAGGAGGCCAAGCUGGAGCGCGAGCAGGAGCAGCGGCGGCACACGGCCUACAUCUCGGAGCUCAAGGCCAAGCUCCACGAGGAGAAGACCAAGGAGCUGCAGGCGCUGCGCGAGGUGCUCAUCCGGCAGCACGAGCAGGAGGCGGCCCGCACCGCCAAGAUCAAGGAGGGCGAGCUGCAGCGGCUGCAGGCCACGCUCAACGUGCUGCGCGAUGGCGCGGCGGACAAGGUCAAGACGGCGCUGCUGGCGGAGGCGCGCGAUGAGGCGCGCAGGGCCUUUGACAGCGAGCGCCAGCGGCUGCAGCAGGAGAUCCUGGAGCUGAAGUCGGCGCGCAAGCAGGCGGAGGAGGCGCUCAGCAACUGCAUGCAGGCCGACAAGGCCAAGGCGGCCGACCUGCGCGCCGCCUACCAGGCGCACCAGGACGAGGUGCACCGCAUCAAGCGCGAGUGCGAGCGCGACAUCCGCAGGCUGAUGGACGAGAUCAAAGGGAAGGACCGUGUCAUCUUGGCCCUGGAGAAGGAACUUGGUGUGCAGACGGGCCAGACGCAGAGGCUGCUCCUGCAGAAGGAGGCCCUGGAUGAGCAGCUGGUCCAGGUCAAAGAGGCCGAGCGGCAUCAUAGCAGCCCCAAGAGAGAACUCCCACCUGGCAUUGGGGACAUGGCGGAGCUCAUGGGCAGCCAGGAUCAACAUAUGGAUGAACGAGAUAUGAGGCGAUUUCAGCUAAAAAUUGCUGAACUGAAUUCGGUGAUACGGAAGCUAGAAGACAGAAAUACCCUGCUGGCAGACGAGAGGAAUGAGCUGCUGAAGCGCUCGCGGGAGACGGAGGUGCAGCUGAAGCCGCUGGUGGAGAAGAACAAGCGCAUGAGUAAGAAGAACGAGGAGCUGCUGCAGAGCAUCCAGCGCAUGGAGGAGAAGCUCAAGGCGCUCGCCCGGGAGAACGCGGAGGUGAAAGAGAAGCUGUCGGCGCAGGCUUCUCUGAAGAGGCACACGUCCCUCAACGAUCUCAGCCUGACACGGGACGAGCAAGAGCUCGAGUUCCUGAGGCUGCAGGUGCUGGAGCAGCAGCACGUGAUUGACGACCUCUCCCUGGAGAGAGAACGGUUGUUGCGUUCCAAGAGGCAUCGUGGGAAAAGCCUGAAGCCGCCCAAGAAGCAUGUUGUGGAGACAUUUUUUGGAUUUGACGAGGAGUCCGUGGACUCAGAAACGUUGUCCGAGACCUCCUAUAACACGGACAGGACAGACAGGACCCCGGCCACGCCUGAGGAAGACCUGGAUGAUACCACAACCAGAGAGGAGGCUGACCUGAGGUUCUGCCAGCUCACCAGGGAAUACCAGGCCCUGCAGCGAGCCUACGCCCUGCUGCAGGAGCAGGUGGGCGGCACGCUGGAUGCUGAGAGGGAGGCCCGGACUCGGGAGCAGCUGCAGGCUGAUCUGCUGCGAUGUCAGGCCAAGAUCGAGGACCUGGAGAAGCUGCUGGUGGAGAAGGGCCAGGACUCCAAGUGGGUGGAGGAGAAGCAGCUGCUCCUUAGGACCAAUCAGGACCUACUGGAGAAGAUCUACAGACUGGAACUGGAGGAGAACCAGCUGAAGAGCGAAAUGCAGGACGCCAAGGACCAGAACGAACUGUUAGAGUUCAGAGUGCUAGAGCUGGAAGAGAGAGAGCGGAGGUCGCCAGCCUUUAACCUCCAAAUCACCAGCUUCCCUGAGAACAGCAGCAGUGCCCUCCAGCUCUUCUGCCAUCAGGAAGGAGUGAAGGAUGUGAAUAUUUCUGAACUUAUGAAGAAGCUAGAUAUCCUUGGUGAUAACGGGAAUUUGAGGAAUGAAGAACAGGUUGCAAUAAUCCAAGCAGGAACCGUUCUUGCCCUGUGUGAAAAGUGGUUGAAGCAAAUAGAGGGGACUGAGGCGGCCUUGACUCAAAAGAUGCUGGACCUGGAGAAGGAGAAGGACCUGUUCAGCAGGCAGAAGGGCUACCUGGAGGAGGAGCUGGACUAUAGGAAGCAAGCCCUUGACCAGGCUUACCUGAAAAUCCAGGACCUAGAGGCCACGCUCUACACGGCACUGCAGCAGGAGCCGGGCCGCAGGGCCAGUGAGGCGCUGAGCCCCGGACAGCGGGAGGACCUGCAGGCGGCCGUGGAGAAGGUACGCAGGCAGAUCCUGCGGCAGAGCCGCGAGUUUGACAGCCAGAUCCUGCGGGAGCGCAUGGAGCUGCUGCAGCAGGCCCAGCAGAGGAUCCGAGAACUGGAGGACAAACUUGAGCUUCAGAGGCGGCACCUGAAAGAGCUGGAAGAGAAGUUUCUGUUCCUGUUUCUGUUUUUCUCGCUAGCCUUCAUUCUGUGGCCUUGACGA